CAGCUUUGAAGUUUUGGUGUUUCUCUUUGGCGCCCUAGGUUAAAACCCAAAAGUUGAAUUGACAGCUUCAUCAUCAGGAGAUAUCACAAUGAAAAAAGGAACUAAGAGAAAUCAAUGUCGUCCAUCGACUCAAGGGAAGCAAGGAGCUCAGAAUCAGUCGACACAGAUUAUGUUAACCUUGAUGGAGACGAGAACCAAGAUGUACCUCGUGAUGAAAAUGUCAAUGAGAAUGCAAGUGUAGAAGAUGAUGAUCCCGGUGGCCAAGAUGAUGUGCAACUUAAGGCUAAACGUCAAAAGAAAUCAACAGUAUGGGAGGAAAUUGUUGAAGUGACUCUUCCAUGUGGGACGGAAAAGUUCAAAUGCAUUCAUUGUAAGAAACUAUUGGCAGUAAGUAGUGGCAAGCCUAUAACAACAUGGAAAAGACACAUGGAGGUUUGCACUAAGCGCCAACAAUUCAUGAGAACUCAACAAUUGUUAAAUUUUCAGCCAGUUGACAAGGAUACGCCAUUUAAUAAGCCUUCUCCAUUGAUUGGACCUAACGCAAAGUAUGAUUCUAACAAGAUGAGGGAAUCGAUGGCACACUGGUUAAUGGUAACUGAGCAACCAUUUACCACUGUUGAAGAUGACAUGUUUGUUUACAUGAUGAAGAUGGUAAAUCUGAUGUUUGAGAGGGUAAGUAGAACUACAAUAAAGGUUGAUUGCUUUAAGUUAUAUGAUCAUGGCCUAGUGAAGAGGCGUCGACUUCUGAUUGGGACCCGUUUGAGGAAUUUCUUAAAGAUGUAAAUGUGGAAAAACCAAAUAAAUCCGAACUUAAAGUGUAUCUUGAAGAAGGUGUAAUACAAGGACAUAAAGGAGCUAGUUUUAAUGUGUUAGAUUGGUGGAACACUCACAGGCUAAAGUACAUAAAGGAGCUAGUUUUAAUGUGUUAGAUUGGUGGAACACUCACAAGCUAAAGUAUCCUUUUUAAUCAUAUAUGGCAUCAAAUAUUCUUGCAGUUCCUAUUUCUACAGUUGCGUUUGAGGCAACAUUUAAGGGCCGUUUGUUUUUGCUUAACAUGUCUUCAAGGAGCUUAUGUCUGCAGGCGGGCAAACAUAAGCACUUAAAGACCGUUUGUUUUUUUUUUUAAAAAAGAAGAUCUGAAAGGAGCUUUUAUUAGCUUAAAAAAAAGCAAAUAUCUAACCUCUUCACAAAUCAUCAGAUCUUCUUCACAUAUACGCUCCCAGACGACUCCACUUCUCCUCCCGCCGCCACAAUCGCCGCCAUAGAUCGCCGCCUCCCACCAUCUUCUUCCACAGAUGGAAAAUAAUGAUGGUCGACAACAAUGGACGCAUGAGGCUAUCAAAUGCACGUUAGAAACAUGUCUUGAAGAAAUAGGGAGAGUAGGUAGAAAUGGACAAAGCUUGCGUAGAGAGUCUUGGGGUAGGGUAGGAGCGAAACAUAAGGAAGAGUUUGGAUUUGAUUUGAAUCAAAAGCAAAUUAGAAAUGCUUUUGAUACCAUGAAAUCAAAAUAUGUAGGAUGGUGCUAUUUGAGAAACAAUACUGGAAAUCUCUACAACUCACAAACAAAUAUGUUCACUUUAACGCCUCAAGAAUGGGAUGACUUUAAGAAGGGUCACCCAAGGGCAAUGUCAUUGAGAACACGACCAUUGCCUCAUCCUGACCUUUUCAUAGUUGUGUUUGAAGGCCUUAGUGCAACUGGUGGUAAUCAAUGGACAUCCACCCAAACAUAUGGGGUUUCAUCAUCCCCACAAGUCCAAACACUUCGGAUAGAAGGUGCUAGUGUUCAUUUAGAAGAUGAUGAUGAAGACUCUCAUGAACAAAGUUUUCGAAUGGGUGAUGAAGAUCCUAUCAAUAAUGAGGGACCUAGUGUUCGACCCAAUGAUGAUUCAGAAGUUAGGCCCAAGAAAAAGGCUAAAACAUCUAAAAACUCCAUUACCCUAGAUGACUUGGCUAGUGAUAUGCGUGAUGCACUUAAGCAUAUGGUGAAAAACAUGGAAGGACCAUCCAUUGAUGAAUGUUAUGAGAAGUUGAAAUCAGUUGGGUUAGAGCCUAUAGAUCCCUUGUUUUUAGGAGCAUUUAACAUCUUUGGUCAGUCAACAUACAUGAGACAAGCAUGGAUGACAUUGCCAUCAGACCCUGAGGUGUUGAAAGGGUGGAUUAAGAUGACUGGGACGACACUGGGGAUGUUCAAGUAGGGAGGGAUAUGGGUAUUUGUUUUUGGUUGUUUUGGUAUGACAUUAUGUGUGUUUGGUGUAAUUUGAACCA